AUAUUGCCUUCUAUAUUUUAUUAAUGUACUCAAGUUCGAAAUGGAUAUUCCGAUAAUUGUGACAUUACGCUGCUGUCUGUAAAAAUAAUGUUUUACUGGUUUUUCAAUUUCAUUUAACAAAUAACUAGCCAUGUUUAUUAAUAUACCUUUUGUCCUUUGACAUGGAUAUAAAUUUAUAUAUAUAUUUUUUUUGUAAUUAAGAGAUGGCAGACAGCGGUUUAUUAAAAGAAAUCCUGGACUCCUUGAAUGACCCAGACACCGUGCAGUUGUUUGCUACAGUUAAUGGUCUUACUGGUGAUGCCGAGGUCGAGAACAGAUUAAGGGAGCUCCAGUGGGAAAAGCACAUCGAUGACUUAUGGCAGGAGGUUCUUUCCGAGAUGGAAUCCCCAACUAAAAAAAUUAGACCAUCCCAAGAGGAUGGCGAUCAACCCUCUACGAGUGGGCAGUCGGGGGGUGGGGGGAGUUCCGAGGACCCAUUAGAAAAACCCUAUUUCAUUUGGAAGAGAGACACUCGAACAUUUAAGAAAAACUUGGCCCGCGACACCACGUUUAAGGUCAAAUUUAACGAGCAGUGGAAGGGGGAUAAAUUGUUAGAUAUACAUAACAAGUUGCACGAUAUGUUCGACGACCUGUUGUCAGAGGCCCGGGGUCACGAUGCGGAUCUGGGAAGGGUGGUCAUCAGUCAUUCGAGUUUAAACAAUCCGAUCGUCGUGCCGCUACAAUCCUGGGAAAAUCUGAAUGCAGAUGUCGUCCUGUCCGAGAUCACCAAAGUACUUAAUUCGAACGAAAGCUUGUCCGUGGACGAAAAUCUGUUGAUCACCAUAGGGUCCAUCGAUUUGCCCAAAGGGGGAGGUAACCCUAGAAAAUUACCCAUCACGUCUCUCUUUGGUCCUAAAAAUAGCGUAGAAAGAAAGAGAUCGCUUUUUCACGUACAAAAUGAUAACAACGUAUGUAUGGCCAUUUCCAUUGGUCUCUGUUACCUGAAAACGUGUGAAAAAGUAGAUGCUGUUACGUGGACAAAUUUAGUGGGGAAAGAUGCCGGAACAAUGUUCGACCAUAUCAUCAAGCACCGUACUGUUACUCGAUCCUAUUACAACAAUAUCUUGAAAACCUCGAGAAAAAAAAUGCAAACGGAGUUGGCGAUGUGGCUGUGUGAAAGAGCCGGAGUUCCUACUGACAGAUAUUUAGGUUUGAACGACAUCGAACCAUUCGAAACCUUACUUGGUGUCUGUAUCAACGUUGUGUCCUCAAGAGUAGGGAAUAAAUUUGUCAGGGUGACGGAGGACGAGGACAAGCCACGUCUGUAUUUAUAUCACGUGGACACAGAAACUGAAAAACACUGGCACGGGAUUGCCAGCAUACAAGGCUUUUUUAAGGCAUCGUAUUUUUGCCAUACUUGUUUAAAACCGUAUAAUGAUAAAUCCAAACACACGUGUACCACCUCGUGUGAGGUUUGCUUACAUGACCACUGUCCAGAAACAAAUGUCCAAAUAGGUUGUCGAACCUGUGGACGGGUCUGUCGUUCCGUGGCGUGUUUUAAACGUCAUAAAAAACAAAGAGUCGUCAAGAAAGAGAGUUAUCCUCCUCCUUGCGAACUGUUUCACCAAUGUAAAAAAUGUAGGGUCAUUCUACAUUGCUGUAAACGCUCUCCCGACUUGCACGUUUGUCAAGAAUGGCAGUGCCCUAACUGUCUAGAAUAUCAAAUAGGAGAACAUCAUUGUUAUCAAAAACCGUGUGGAUGUGAUUUAGAAAAAAGAGACAAAAAAUUUAUUUUCUACGAUUUUGAGACGCGUCAAGAGGACAUCUUUCAUUGCGAGCAAGGGUAUCGACCGUCUUGCAUCAGAUGCGACCAAUGUGUCAAAAAAGAACGCCAGUGUGUAGACUGUAGACUCUGUCAGAACUGUCGUGAUCCGUCCUGUGGUCUACAACAACACAAAGUCAACUUUGCCGUGCUGCAGACCACCUGUCACAUAUGUGAGAAAAGGGAACUGGUGGAGGGCGCCUCCUGUAGUUACUGCGGAACACGGUGUGAGCAAUGCUCCCGAACCCAUAAAGGUGAAUAUGUGAACCCCCCUUGUCCCGACACUUGUGGAAAAAGGGAAGUGGUGUUUUCUGGCGACAACGCCGCCGAGCAGUUCUGUGCUUUCGUCACCAGUGAACAUUGUAAAAAUUCGAUCUUGAUUGCCCACAAUGCCAAAAGUUUCGACUUGUAUCCGGUUUUAGAAGUGCUCAUAGACCGUCACUCUAUUCGACCUAGCAAGAUCAUUUACAACGGUUCUAAAAUCAUGUACAUGCACAUUGCGCACAAAUUAAAUUUGACUUUUGUGGAUUCCCUCAAUUUCCUGCCCAUGAAGCUUGCCAAAAUACCAGAUGCCUUCGGUCUACAGGAACUCUGUAAGGGAUACUUUCCCCAUUUAUUUAAUACUAAAGCCAAUCAAAACUACGUGGGGCCGUAUCCAAAGUUGAAGUACUACGGAUACGAUUUCAUGUCGGCCGGGGAGCGGAAAAAGCUUGCCGAAUGGCAUGCAACGAAACGAGACGAAACCUUUAACUUUCGAGAAGAAAUGUUGCAAUAUUGUCGCUCGGACGUUGAUAUAUUGAGGCGGGGGUGUCUAGAAUUUAGAAACUUGGUGAUCAAGGUGACAACUCUAACAGAGGAAACGGUUCAAGCAAACGGAAUCAUCAAGAAAACGAGCUCGGGUGGAGUCGACCCCUUUGAUUUUGUCACCAUUGCAAGUGUCUGCAUGGGGAUAUUCAAGUCGCUCUUUUUGAAGGGAAAAAGUAAAAUAGAAAUCACCAAAGAUGGUGAAUCGGAUUUGUACGACAUUCGUCAUCAUAAGAGUUUAGAGGGGGUCCAUCUCGGUGAUUCUUGGACGUCUCUCGUCGAUUUAAGAAAGGACGACAAUGUACAGAUAGGAAAACGACAUUUCAAAAGUCCCGUGGCAGUAGUACCAUCUCAAGGAUACACGAAGCGCGACAAUUACAGCAAAAUUUCCAUCCAGUGGCUGGAGUGGUUGAUGGAAAAAAGUCGUCAGCGGGGUAACCCCAUUGUCAUUUCCCACGCUCUCAACGGUGGUGAAUUCCAAGUGCCAGGGACCAAUUACAGAUGUGACGGGUUUGUCAAGAUUCCUGGCGGAAACGGAACCAUUUAUGAAUUCUAUGGUUGUGUAUUCCACGGUUGUCCCAACUGUUUCCCAGACGAUAGGAAUACCAUCAAACACCCGUCUACCAAUCAGACCAUCAAAGAAUUGUACGACAUGACCAAACACAGAGAAAAGGAAUUGAAAAAUCUGGGAUACAAAUUGGUCAUUGUGUGGGAGCAUCAAUUUAAAUUUCAAUUGGAGAAGAAUGUAGCUUUGCAACAAUUCGUGUCCACCCUAGAUCUCCAAGACAGACUCGACCCACGUGACAGUUUUUUCGGUGGUCGCACCAAUGCCAUCAAACUGCAUUAUAAAGCUGCAGAAGACGAAACAAUCCAAUAUUUCGAUUUUACCAGUCUCUAUCCCUGGACCAACAAGUAUUGUCGGUAUCCCGUCGGCCAUCCGACCAUCAUAACGGACGAUUUUCAGGACUUGUCGCAAUAUUUUGGACUGGCUAAAAUAAAAAUUCUCCCCCCUAGAAAACUUUAUCAUCCCGUACUUCCAUACAAUUCGAAUGGAAAAUUGAAGUUCCCACUUUGUAAAACGUGUGCAGACAGUGAAAAUCAAAAUGAAUGUACAUGCUCUGUUGAAGAGAGAUCCAUCACGGGCACGUGGUGUACUCCUGAAAUUCAAAUGGCAACGUCAAAAGGGUACGAAAUCUUGAAAAUCUAUGAAGUUUAUCAUUUUGCCGAGUCUUCCAAAUACGAUGUCGAGUCGUGUGAGGGGGGAUUAUUCGCUCAGUAUGUGAACAUGUUUUUAAAAAUAAAACAGGAGGCUUCCGGAUUUCCGGCCGAAUGCGACACGGAAGAGACCAAAAGAAAAUACAUUAGGGAAUACAAAGAAAACGAAGGUAUCCAAUUAGAGUAUGAAAAAAUUAAAAAAAAUCCCGGUUUGCGAUGUUUAGCGAAACUUUGUCUGAAUAGCUUUUGGGGGAAAUUUGGUCAGAGGUUGGGCAUGCAACAAUCCGUGUUCAUUCACGAAUCGGAAGCCGAAAAUUUUUUUCAAAUGCUCUCAGAUCCUACAAAAGUACCACACAACUUUCACAUUGUUUCGAGAGACAUUCUUCAAUUAGAAUGGAGUAACAACCCCCUAUUCGCGUCAUUCGACAAUAAAACUAAUAUAUUCUUGGCCUCUUUUACCACCAUGUGGGCUCGACUGAAAUUGUAUGGCGUUCUCGACAAAUUAAACGAGAACGUCUUGUAUUUCGAUACAGACAGUGUCAUCUUCAAGACAAAAAAGUCGGACAACUUGAAUUAUCUCCCCAUAGGUAAUCACCUGGGAGAAUUGACUAAUGAAAUCUCUCCACAAGACGGGUACAUUGUCGAAUUCGUUUCUGGGGGUCCUAAAAACUACGCUUACCGCACACUGUCGGGAAAAGAAGAAUGCAAAGUUAGAGGGUUUACACUUAACUGGGCCAACUCGAAACUUAUCAAUUUCCAGGCUAUCAAGUCGAUAAUCUGUACCUCACACGACCGACAAAUUGAAAUUGUCAACCCUUGUAAAAUAUCGAGAGACAGCAGAAAGCGAAAAUUGUUAAAUAGGGUUGAAACUAAAAAUUAUAAGAUGGUUUACACUAAAAGGAGAAUUCUUCCUAAUUUAGACACGUUGCCAUUUGGAUUUUGAUUAUAAAACGAAAUAUUUUGACGUUUUUGUUUUUUUUAUUGAAUGAUAAAUACACAAAUAAAAUGAUAAAAGACAUUAUUCGUUGUUAUUACACUGUCAAUAUGUGAGCCAGGGUACGUUUUUCUUCUUCCGCCGAACAUUGGAAAUUCCAGGAGGUUUCCCAACCUUCAUCUUCUUAGCGACGUAACCUGUUCCAGUUUGUAACAAAUUAGUUUUAUCCACUAAGUCACUGGCAGUUUGUUCUUGACCUUCUGAGGAUUGCUUCGAAGUUCGGUCGACUUCUCGGGAUGACGUAUCAGCAGGUUCUAAUUUUUGAAGUAAACGUUCAUAUUUCAGUUUCGGUACAAGUAUCAUUUCCUUUGCCAUUUUCCUUUGAAAUGUUGAACAAUGGGUUUAAGUAGAAGCGGCACUAAAGGAAUGUUUUUCAAUAGUAUGCGACGUUUCUCUCGGUUGCUGACUUCUCUGGACCCCAAGGAUCGAAUGCAUGAUUCAUAAGGUUUCAGUUGGUUUAUAUACUUUUUAGUCAGAGGAUAAGUUCCGGUGUAAAUGUUAAGUGCUAUUUCACUGAGCACAUCGUACUGUUCACUGUUCAAGGCUUUAACGAUUACUUUUUGCUGGGCAUUGUCUGCACAGACAAGAAACUUUAAAAAAGCCUCGUGUUUCUUCACCGUUUGCUUCAUCUUUGAAUAAUGAGGCGAACACAUCAAAUCAUACUUAUUUAUAGAGGUUGGUAAAUAAUCAUCUCUUCUCCCGGAAGAAUGCGUGUUCUUAACUGAUACUCUCUGUUCUGUGUAGGUUCCAGGCAAACAUGUAAGUAACCGAAAUUGGGUCGAGUCGCAGAUUCAUAGGCUGCUUUGAAAAAAGGAACUUGUCCUGGUAAGAUCUGAGAUCCAAAGGUGAUGAUCUGUCGGGAAUCGCGGUAAUUCUUAAACAAAAUGACAUUAAGACAAUUCAGUGAAAUGGUCCUGGCGUAUUUUCCCGGCGGGUAUAAGUUCUGAGACAACAUCACGGUGGUCACGUUUCUAUGAUGAGAUGUCACCGUGAAUAGAUGCACACAAUCUUGUGAUUGCGCAACUUGUAACAUGAGAUCAUCCAGUACCACUAUAGUGUGACUGACACCCUCUGUGUACUGCUCUAUGUCUUCUUUUGAAGGCAUUCCUUGAUGUAAUGAAAGGUUUGGUAUCGUCUGCUUCAUUUCCUCAAACAUGGGUUGAUGUUCAGAAUAAGCAUAAAUUAUUCUAUCAACAGGCAUAGAGAACAUGCCAUUGGCGUUUUGUAAAAGUGUUUUAGUAAAAUGCGUUUUACCGCUUUGUGUACUUCCACAUAUCAGAAUAGUGGAAGGUGCCGAAAACGGAAGCAAGGAACGAGUGUUCCACCAAUCGUUUAUGUUCUCUGUUGCCAUGUUCCUCGGUAGCCAGGCUUCCUCAUACUGAAGUCCAGCGUAAUGCUACGCGCACAUAUAUAUAUAUUAACAAACUUAUUCAAUGACAGUAUAAAAAUAACUUCUCUAUCUAUGUUUCAUGAUUAAUUUUAAUGACAGAAUAAUCAUACAUAAAACGUUUCACAAAAUCAUCAUUGGAUUGAAUGUCUUUAGAAAAUAAAGCAUACACAUCAUUUAUCGAGUUUUUGAAACACAAUCAUGCAAUUAAAAAUACUAAUACAUAAAGUCCACACAAAUCGGAAUUACGAGGCUGUAGUCGUAUAGACUUGAAAUUACAUUGUACACUGCUCAUCCUCAAAAAGUUUUGAAUGUCUUGAUUGUAAUGAGUUGGUGAUUUCC